CAGGAAGUUUAAACGCCGUAAGCAGGAGUUGAUCCGGUCGCACGUCCUCAUCCUCCAAUUCCUCGGUGUCCUCUGUUUCUAGGAUCAAGCAAGGCUCGCCCUCCACUGCAACGGGUAUAUUUUCACUCCUAUUGCUAUUUCCGUCUGCUCUCAAUUUUUUUUUUUAGGUAUGACAAAGCGAUGUAGCUUUGCAGCCACUGCUCUGAAUGACUCAAAAGAAGAUUGAGAUGCUGUGGCAGGACCUUAAACAAACAGUUCAUGCUUGAAUACCCUCCAAUGGCUGAACUAAAGCAGUUCUGGAAAGACUGGUGUGAUUUCUCAGGAUCUGAGUUUACAUUCAAACUGUAUUUAUUCAAAUUGUGCACUUACUUAAUAAAUAGUUAGGAUGGUAAUGAAUGUGUCAUUUGCAUCUGUUAUAUCACUGUAGUAUAUUACUGCAUAAAGUGCAGAGCAGAUAUGCUUUAUGAUAACUUCUAUAGAUUGAAUCGGAUCCAUUCUCAGCCAGUGGGCUUGUAGCCCCGCCUCUGCCAGCUCUAUCUAUAUCUCACUGCAGCUGCUCAGAGAUGUUUGUGUAGCACAGAGUUUCAGUUACAGGUCCAGCAUGACUGACAGUCAAUCAGACGCGGAGCAGCCGGAGGUGAAGCGCGAGAACGGAGGCGGUAAACUCACCUCACCGUCCGAACCGGCAGAGUUCGAGCCCCCGGAGGGCGGAUGGGGCUGGGUGGUAAUGCUGGCGUCUAUGUGGUGCAACGGCUCGGUGUUCGGGAUCCAGAACGCGUUCGGCAUCCUGUUCUUGUCUCUGCUGAAAGAGUUCGGCUCCGAGAAGGACGAAGACCUCCGCUUCAAAACAGCAUGGGUCGGUUCUCUCUCCAUGGGAAUGAUCUUCUUCUGUUCACCAAUCGUCAGUGUAUUCACCGAUCUGCUCGGUUGCCGGAUAACAGCGAUUGGAGGCGCUGCCGUGGGGCUUGUGGGACUUCUGGCCAGUUCAUUUGUCACGUCUCUCGGGCCAUUGUACUUCACCUAUGGCAUCGUGUUUGCGUGCGGGUGCAGUUUUGCGUAUCAGCCGAGUCUGGUGAUCCUGGGUCACUACUUCAAGCGCAGGCUUGGCCUCGUGAACGGCAUCGUGACGGCGGGCAGCAGCGUAUUCACUAUCACGCUCCCGUACAUGCUGUCCGGUCUGCUGAAACGUGUGGGGCUGCAGAACACGAUGCGGGUCCUGGCCAUCUUCAUGCUCAUCCUCAUGCUGGCGGGCUUCACCUACAAACCUCUCCUGCCCAAACCCGUGAGCAGCAGUAUGUCUGGAGGCCGCUGUCUGUCCCUCAACAAGGUGUUUAAUGUGCACAUCUGGAAGUCUCUGGGAUAUCGCAUCUGGGCAUUUGGAAUCCCUGCAGCCCUGUAUGGAUACUUUGUGCCUUAUGUUCACCUGAUGAAACAUGUAGAGGAGCGGUUUGGAGUGAAUGCUAAUAAAGAGGUUCUGCUCACAUGUAUCGGCAUCACGUCUUUAGUGGGUCGUCUUAUCUUCGGCAGAGUGGCAGACUACGUACCUGGAGUCAACAAAGUCUACCUACAGGUGUCUUCAUUCCUGGUCAUCGGCGUGAUGUCUAUGAUGAUUCCUCUGUGUCACAUCUUUGGUGGGCUGAUUUCCGUGUGUCUGCUCAUGGGUCUGUUUGAUGGUUGUUUCAUCAGCAUCAUGGCUCCCAUCGCCUUUGAGCUGGUGGGCUCUCAAAACGUGUCACAGGCCAUUGGCUUCCUCCUGGGCAUGAUGUCUAUCCCCAUGACCGUUGGACCUCCGAUUGCAGGAUUCCUACGGGACCGUCUGGGCAGCUAUGACGUGGCGUUUUACCUUGCGGGCAUCCCUCCCAUCAUCGGUGGAGCCGUUCUGUGUCUGAUCCCAUGGGUGGAGGUGAAGAGGAGGAGGAAAGAGCAGGAGGAAGCUGCCGACACCACUGAGAAAAUGCUGGAACACAAGAGUGACGCACAGGACGACACAGACAGCAGAGUGAAGACUGACGACCCCAAAUCUGUGGUGUGAGGAAAACACAAUAUCACCAACAGAGGUUCAAUAAAAAUAUCAACCAUGUGCUUUUCUAGCCCUUUAUUUACUACAGGAAGAAACUUUAGCGGAACAUGAAGAGUGAAGAUGUGAAGAUAUGCAUCAUUCAUGUUUUAAUCAUGUGAACAGUUCUUCAUGAAGAAGGGAAAAUGAAUUCUGACAAUGAAUCCAGAUUUCAUUUGGUUACAUGCGGCAUAGAAAUGAAUAAUUGCUGUACAUAUGUAUUUCCUUCUGCACUUGAAUAACUUAAUGAGUGUAUUUGCAUAUGUACAUUUCUUCAACAGGAGUGCUGAGCAGUGUUUAUUACGGGACAUGUCCGGAUAUGGACUCCAAAUGAGGAAACAUUAAUGCUGAUUUGACUUCAUCUGAAUUACUUUUAUUAGAUUUGAUUUCAAGCCGAAUCGGUCAUUCAGUGUAAAGUUUUGAAAUGAAAGUAUUGAAAAAGUCUAGAUGUAUGAAUGCAUCGUUCCCAUCGCACUGUUUGUCCUAAGAAUGCAGGAUUUGUGUUGCUGUUUUUAAUGAAGCGUGUCUGAGAAUGAUGACACGUGUUUUACACACAGAUAUCAGGAUGUGCAGCGAUUGGAAUUUUCUUUUGUAUGCGGCGAGGAUCCAGAGACGCUCUAAAUUGAACUAAUGUGGGAAAGAUCUUAAAGUGUGUCAUUGAUCCACACAUGUUGCCAUAGUGACCAUGACUUGUCCAUUACAGAUGCAGUGUCAAUCAAAUGUGAUUAUUAUUGUGUGUGUGUGUAAUGUGCACAUCUGCAACAUCAUUUCAUAUCAUUCUUGGCACACUUUAUAAUACAUUUCUAAACAUUAAUAUUAGUUUUUACAGCAUUUAUCAUGCUUGAUUAUUGUUCAUUUCUAAAUCUGGUUUUGAUUAUUAUGGAAGCCCUGAAGCGCACUGUAAAAAAUAAAAACAUUCACUAGCUGAAAAAAUGUUUUUUUAGGAGUGUUAGUUUCUC